AUUAUACAUCGAACAGUAUAUCUACUAUCAAAUUGUAUCUAUGUCCCUUUCACUUGUAACAAUGGCGAAAAUAGCUUCAGACUCUACUCAUAGUGAAACACCCACAAAAACGAAAAUGGAUUUGAGGCCAAGAUCGAGGAUAACAACAAAAAGAAGGCCUAAAGUUGGGGCAGCUAAGAAAAAAACAUCAAAAUUGGAAGCUAAUAAGCCUAAAAAACCACCUACUGCUUUCUUUUAUUAUUUGGAGGAUUUUCGUAAGGGUUUUCAAGAAGAGCAUCCGGAUGUCAAGUCAAUGCGUGAGGUUGGUAAGGCUUGUGGUGAAAAGUGGAAGAUUAUGACUUAUGAGGAGAAGAUUCAGUACUACGAUAUAGCUACCAAGAAAAGAGCAGAGUUUGAGAAAGCCAUGAAGGAUUAUGUCAAGAAACAGGAAAAUGGGGAAUUCGAUGAGUCUGACGAGGACUCGGAGUACAAUGAAUAAAUUUACGUAGAACUGUAGAAGAUAUUCACUGUAGUUGUGAUUGACAUUUUGUAUAGUUAACAUUGAAGCAUGCAAGUCGCUCUGGUUAUAUAUCUAACAUCAUUGACUCGACAAUUAGAAAGCCUAUGCAAAUGUGGAGUUUUGUUUGGAUAGUGGUUUUGUGUUUGCUUUCCGAUAUAUUGAAUCAAAGAUGUUAUCCUUGAAUAUAUCGAUAUACUUGAAAAGGAUUGUGCUCUCUUAUGUCUAUGUGAAUGUAAAUUUAACUUUUGGUUAUGUAAAACCAAGCACGAGAUUAUGAAAUAAAGCCUUUUUGAAUGCUUAA